UUUGUUUUGUUGAAUUUCUUCCUUCUUUCUUUUAUUUUUCCCGGUAGAUUUUUAACAGAAAGAAGCUGCAAGGAAGGAAAAGUGAGAAAGAGGGGAAAAAGCAAACGCUACCAUUCUCCAAUCGAAUCAAAUUAGAAACAUCUCCUUGUUGUGAUCGAUGAGCUUUUAAGUUUUCGCACAACCCAGAUAGAUAGAGAGAGAGAGAGAGAGAGAGAGAGAGAGAGGCAGAAGACGGAUUGAAAUUCCAAAUGGGUCAAGCGUUUCGGAAGCUCUUCGAUUCCUUCUUCGGCAACACCGAGAUGCGGGUUGUGAUGCUUGGCCUGGAUGCAGCUGGAAAAACAACUAUACUGUAUAAGCUGCACAUUGGGGAAGUUUUGUCAACUGUUCCUACUAUUGGUUUCAAUGUGGAAAAGGUUCAGUAUAAGAAUGUGAUAUUCACAGUUUGGGAUGUUGGUGGUCAAGAAAAGUUGAGGCCACUCUGGAGGCAUUACUUCAACAAUACCGAUGGGCUGAUCUAUGUCGUUGAUUCCUUAGACAGAGAGAGAAUUGGAAAAGCAAAAGCAGAAUUUCAGGCCAUCAUCAAAGAUCCAUUUAUGCUCAACAGUGUUAUCUUGGUAUUUGCCAAUAAACAAGACAUGAAAGGAGCAAUGACGCCAAUGGAAGUAUGUGAAGGACUAGGUCUCUUUGAUCUCAAAAACAGAAAAUGGCACAUACAAGGGACUUGUGCGCUUAGGGGAGAUGGCCUUUAUGAGGGCUUGGACUGGUUGGCUGGAACUCUGAAGGAAAUGAAAGCUGCUGGAUACUCUUCAGUUGGCACCUCAUCUUUCUAAUAGUCCAGGGUUUUAUGUGGGCUUGGUCCUGUCAAUUGAUAAAGCUAAGGAGUACGGGAGUUGGACGUUGGAAAAAAAUCCUGACAUGUAUCAAAAGUUUUGGGCAGUUCUAAAGCAAACGAAGUUUAGUAGGUGCUUACUUCUGGCAUUGACACUUAAAACAUGUGUUUUCUACCAAUGUAAAUUGCAGAUGCAGGUCCUGCCAUUGAUAAAUAUAAUUGGAAUCUGGGAAUCUAUGUAUGCUUUGAAUGCCCCUAGAAUACUGUUUGCAUAUAUUCUUAAUACUAUAUAGAAAACCGAUGGCGGUUCUUUCUC